UUGAACCUCAAACCAAACCCGGAGCUCGCCUCUUUCGCUUCGCAACCGCGGACACGGCUGAGAUCGUUCGAACUCUAACUCGAAGGCUGCUGAUGCAGUUACAGAAGCUAGAAACCGGCUUUUCACUGCUGUAGGUGAGGGGUUCCGCAGGUUUUUGACGUUGGCCGGCGGUGCUCUUGAAGCUUCAGCUCCAGGCUCCCUUUUAGGUAACAUAGUACUUCAAUUUGAAAUCAAUAAGCUUGGUAUAAGCUCACUUGUGUCACGCCAAAUGGGAAUCGAAUUGUACUGUUAAUGCAUACGCAAGAGCGAGGGGGAUUGGAAUAGUUUUCACGCCCGUUCAUUGCUGAGAGUUGUCACUAACAUGUCCCCCCACAAUGUGGUGGUUCUGGACAACGGUGGAGGCCUAAUCAAAGCUGGCCUCGGUGGAGAGUGUGACCCCUCUGUUGUUGUUCCCAACUGCCUUUACCGACCUCCGUCCUCCAAGAAAUGGCUCCAACCAAACCCCCUCAACCCCACCACCACCACCACCUCCUCUAUGGAACCAUCCUCAGUCAGUGAAGUGGACCUCACCUCGGCUGCAGUUCGACGGCCCAUGGACAGAGGGUAUAUGAUAAAUCCUGAACUUCAACGAGAGAUAUGGGCUCACCUCUUCUCUUCCAUCCUCCACAUAAACCCAUCAAACUCUUCACUCCUCCUCACUGAGCCCCUCUUCGCCCUUCCUUCCAUUCAGCGAUCAAUGGAUGAGCUUGUCUUUGAGGAUUUCAACUUUAAGUCUCUUUAUGUGGCUGACUCACCCUCUUUGGUUCAUCUCUAUGAGGCAAGUCGUAGGCCUGAAGGUCUUGUCUCUAGAGCGCAGUGCAGCCUUGUUGUGGAUUGCGGGUUUUCGUUCACACACGCCUCACCGGUGUUUCAGAACUUCACGUUGAAUUAUGCUGUGAAGAGAAUCGAUUUGGGUGGCAAAGCAUUGACCAAUUAUCUGAAGGAGUUGGUUUCUUUUAGGGCUGUUAAUGUCAUGGAGGAAACUUUUAUUAUGGAUGAUGUUAAGGAGAAGCUCUGCUUUGUUUCCCUUGAUGUUCCCCGGGAUCUCCAGAUUGCAAGGAAACCUGGAAGAGAAAAUCUCUUUAGAUGCACAUAUGUGCUUCCGGAUGGUGUUACACACACAAAAGGCUUUGUUAAAUAUCCAGAUCAAGUACACAGAUAUCUUACUCUGGCUGAUGAUUCUCCUUUGCCUCCAAAAGAAAAAAAGGAGGAUAUGAAUCAUCCAGAAAUGACUGAAAAGCCUGAGGAAAGAAGGAGAGUUGAUUUGACCAAAAAUGAGUUUGACUUGACAAAUGAACGCUUUCUUGUCCCAGAAAUGAUCUUCCAUCCUGCUGAUUUAGGAAUGAAUGAGGCUGGAAUAGCAGAGUGCAUUGUACGAGCUAUUAACUGCUGCCAUCCACAACUCCACCCUGUACUCUAUGAGAGCAUCAUUUUAACUGGCGGAAGCACCUUAUUUCCUCAAUUUGCUGAGAGAUUAGAGAUGGAGCUGCGGCCUCUAGUUCCUGAUGACUACCAUGUGAAGAUAACUCAACAACAAGAUCCCAUAUUAGGUGUUUGGCGUGGAGGAUCAUUGUUGGCAUCAAGUCCAGAUUUUGAAGCUAUGUGCGUGACCAAGUCUGAGUAUGAGGAGCUUGGAUCUGCUAGAUGUCGCAAGAGAUUCUUUCAUUGAGUAUUACCCAUGGAAAUGUUUAUCUUGCAUCUUUCUUUCAACAGAAUAGGGCAUGGCAUGGAGGGUGGUUUUCCAGUGAAAUAAUUUGCUAUCGGUUUUCAGUGAACAAAAUGGGUACUCUGGUUUUCCAUGGCUUGCCUGGGAAGAGAGGGAUAUCGAUCGAAGCCUGUCAAAAUGUGUCCUGCAAGAUGCAGCCAUGUCAUAUUUUCUGUUCCUCUGUGGUUUUUAUGAUGGACUAUAGGGCCCUGGAACUUCAUCUUCAUGGGGAAGAAGAUUCAUUCGAGAAUCAAUCUUGCAGUUUAUGGAUUUCAGGUUUCCAGUAGAAGCCCUGAGAUGGAGACGCCCUUGGCCCCUGCAACGUUUGUAGCCUGCUUUUAAAGUGCCAUCGAGUUUGGAUUGCUGUGCAUGUGAUGUUUCAGCUGAGAUGUUUAUAGUUGUAAGUAGCAUUUUGCUAACACUAAGGUUUCAUUGCCCUAUUGGAAUAUGGAAAGCAAAGGAAAUAAACCUCAAAUAAGAUGGAAUAUUUGGGUUCAAAUUUAUGGCUGGUACACAGAAAAGCAAAUAAAACGGUAUUCCAGUUA